GGUUCUGCCCGCUCCGUGAGCCCGCGGCCGGCCGGCGUGAUAUGCACCCCGCGGAGGGAAGGGGGAGCCAGAAUGCCUGGGGUCCAGUCCAGGCUGCUCAAUCCCGCCGACCACGUGACUGUCCCCCUGGAAGCGCCAGCAGAACUCAGGCGUCCUGCCGCGCUGCACCCCGCCCCGCCCUGCCCGGGAACCCCGAUCUGUCUCCCCGCCCGAUCCCCAGACCCUGUCCUCUCCGCCCCAGGGAGCAUGCAGAAGGACGGGGAUGGCGGAAGCCUGGUGGGGGUCGCCCACCUCUUCGUCUUGGCGACGGCCUGGGGGAUGCAGGUCUGGGUCACCUUCAUCUCAGGGUUCGUGCUGGCCCGCGGGGUCGGUCGCCACGUGUUCGGGCAGGUGCAGAGCAAGCUCUUCCCCUGGUACUUCCACACGCUGCUGGGCUGUUCCGCCCUCAACCUGGCCCUUGCUGCUGCCGCCGGCCGCCCCUGGCACCAGCUCAGCUCCGCCGAGACCCUCCAGGUGUGGCUGUUCGGCGGCUCCCUGGUGCUGUCCGGUCUCAACGCCCGCUGGCUCGCUCCGGCAACGGCCCGGGCCACGGCGCAGCUGCAGGCGCUUGAGCGGGAGCGGGGGCUGGGCGCGGAGCGCAGCCCACGGCCUCUCGGCGCUGGGCAACCUGGGCGCGCUGCUCUGCAACGGCGCCGCCCUGCUCAUCGCCGCUCGCCGGGGCGCCUAGCCAGCUGCAGCGCCCCGGGGCGGGGCCUUGUCUCCGCCGAGGAGUGGGCGGGUCCUUCGGAAGUCCCGCCCGCAUCAGGGUGGAGCCUCGCGGAACCCCGCCUCUGGGGUUGGUGGGCGUGUUCCCCGUAAAUCCCACCCCCACGCGGCGGCCCCGCCCAUAUCGGGGUUGAGCCCGCCUCCUCAGAAGGCGUGUUCUCCGCUAACCCCGCCCCCAUUGGGUGGAGCCUGUUCCGCAGGGGUGGGCAUGUACUUUAGAAGCCCUGCCCACAUCUGAGGAGGCGGAGCUACAUCCCGGGGGCACACUCUCCAGGCGUUCUGGCCCUACGUGGGGUGGGCGAGGGUGGGAGCUCUAAUAGCCCCCCAGGAUGGUGGGGGUCCCGCUGGGGAUGGAACCCAGGUGUCAUGGCCCCCCUGCGCUGUGCAGCGCCCCCUGGUGGGGUCUGGGAGCGGAUCCCUGCUCUCGGCGCCGCCGCUUCUGCUCUCUGGUGUCAAUAAAGAUUCAUCCAGGAGUAUCUGGAGCUGGGUCUGUGCGACGGGAAGAGCAGAUGGGCACACGUGUGUGCACUCACACUGACACACGUGCACUCACAUAGGCACUCACACCAGUACAUGCUCACACGCACAUGCAUUCACACUCACUCGCACUGGUAUAUGCAUGCGUGCAUAUGCAUUCGCACCCGUGUGCACUCACACUUGUGGGCACACACAUUUCUGUACACACACGGCUGGGCGCACACACUUCUGUACACACACGGCUGCUCAGAUGCGCACACACGUGUUCACUCGUUCAUACUGACGUCUGUUUGCCUGUGCGCUCAUAGGCACUCACCCACUCAUUCCCACACACUCACGUGUUCACAGGCAUGUGCAACUCGUGCACUCACACGUGCACAUCUACACUCCUAUGCUUACACGUGUGCACUCACUCGUAUACACACGUAUGUGCAGUCACUCAUACAUGCGCAUACAAUAAUGUGUGCACUCAUACAUUCAUGUACUUACGUGUGCACCUACGUGUGCACUCGUAUACAUGCACAUGUACUGACACUCGUGUGCACUCAAUCCCAUACUUGCACAUGCUCACCCACAUGUGCACUCACACACUCUCCUAUGUGCUUGUGGCUGGAACAUAGUGUGUGUGUGUGUGUGUGUGUGUGUGUGUGUGUGCGCGCUGAGUGGGGGCGGGGUCACAGACCAGCUCGUGCCCCUAUGCCCCAACCCUUCUCUCAGCGGGGACGGGCACGUGCCCUGCCUCAAGGGGCCACCAGGUGAUGCCAGCCCCCCCCUCCCCACCCGUAGCUGCCACAAUAAAGGUGGGGGCUUGCGCCCCCCCACCCCUCCCAGGGCAGCCCUGUGCUCGGUGCUGCACAAACCCAGGUACUGGUGGCUCCUGGCUGCUGGGAGGGGCCUCGGUGGGGGACGGGGAAACUGCCUCUGAGGGGGCAGGAUCUGCAGGGGGCUGGGCGGGGGCGGAGGCAGGCUAUAUAAAGGGGGAGUUUGGAGGCCGGGGGUGUCCCAGCCCCACCCCCCAAGCAGGGGGCUGCCCCAGGACACGGAAGAGGUAGAUCAGGGCCAGGGCGACCCCACCCCCAUUGGCCGGGCAUUAAAUCCUUGUGGCUCGGGUCUUGCUCCGUGGGGCUAAUUCGUACCGGCCUUCCCCCGCCUCGCACCUGCCCCCGCCCCGCACCUGCCAGCCCUUCCCCACAACCCCCGCCCAGAGCCAGGCGCCCGGCCACUGGGAGGAGCGCGGGGAGGCUGUGCCCAGCCCUGAGGCCGCUCUGCCUUCCUGCUCCUAGAGCUGCCGCGUAAGGCAGAGGCGCC